GGCAUGCAGAAGACAUAGUUGCAGGAGAGAUAGUUGGCAGAAUUGGACAAACUUUGCUAUAAGACCAGCAUUGAUGAUCACAAUGAAGAGCCUUCUAGUACUCUUGGUAUAUUUGGCAUUUUCUGCAGCCCACCCUCUUCAUCCAGCAGCCAGAGCUGGAAAGAUGAGCAUGGAUCGUAUCCAGAAAUACCUGGAAGACUUCUACCACCUUGAAAAAAAUGGAAAGCAGUUUGUUCGUAGAAAGGACAGUAACCCUGUUGUUGCAAAAAUCCAAGACAUGCAAAGGUUCUUUGGCUUGAAGGUAACUGGAAAUUUGGAUGAUGACACUAUGGAGAUGAUGAAGAAGCCCAGAUGUGGAUUUCCUGAUGUUUCCCCUUUCCGUUUAUUUCCCUAUAUGCCUAAAUGGAAAAAAAAUGAAGUUACAUACAGGAUUGUAAACUACACAGCUGAUAUGAAUCAGAUUGAUACAGAUGCUGCCAUAGAGAGAGCUCUUAAAGUCUGGAGUGAUGUUACUCCCCUCACAUUCCACAGGCUCAGGGAAGGAGAGGCUGACAUAAUGAUCUCUUUUGCCGUUCAAGAGCAUGGAGAUUUUAUACCCUUUGAUGGACCUGGGGGAGUCUUGGGUCAUGCUUAUCCACCUGGGCCUAAGAUAAAUGGAGAUGUUCACCUGGAUGAUGAUGAAAAAUGGACAAAAGAUACAACUGGAGUCAACUUAUUUCUUGUUGCUGCUCAUGAAUUUGGCCAUUCCUUGGGUCUUUUUCAUUCUACUGACACCAAAGCUCUCAUGUAUCCAAUCUACAAUGCAAACACAGACCUUACAAGGUUCUUCCUUUCUCAGGAUGAUAUUGCUGGCAUCCAGUCUCUAUAUGGUUCUCCAGAUGGUCCAGUACCACCCACCAAGUCUGCAGAUACAGAGAAGCCUGAAGAGAAGCCAGUAACUUGUGAUUCAAACAGGUCCUUUGAUGCAGUGAGCACUCUUCGGGGAGAAAUGUUGUUCUUUAAAGACAGGUACUUUUGGCGUAAGUCCUCCAACAAUAUAGAACCGGCACUCUAUAUGCUGACUACCUUUUGGCCCUCUCUUCCAUCGGGUUUUGAUGCUGUCUAUGAGCUCACUACUAAGGAUAUGGUUUUUAUUUUUAAAGAGAGCAAGUUCUGGUCUAUCAAAGGAAGUGACAUUCAGCCAGGUUAUCCAAGAGAUAUCUACACUCUGGGCUUUCCACGAACUGUAAAGAAAAUUGAUGCAGCCUUUUUCUACAAAGAAAAACAAAAAACAUAUUUCUUUGUGAAUGACAUUUACUGGAGGUAUGAUGAAAAGAGACAUUCUAUGGAUCAUGGCUAUCCCAGACAGAUAGCAACCGACUUUCCAGGAGUUAACCAAAAGAUCGAUGCUGCUUUUGAGGCCUUUGGAUUCUUCUAUUUCUUCAGUGGAUCCACCCAGUUUCAAUUUGAUCCUAAUGCUAAGAGGGUGACCAGAACCCUGAAGAGCAACAGCUGGUUUAAUUGUUAAAGAGAGAUCGUCAUAAGAUGGCAGUAUUGUCUAAACUAAUGGACUAAUUUCUUCACUGAAACCACUAAGAAUGAAAAUAGUUCAUGUUCUGAUGAAUGUGCAAGGACCAAGGAAGAAUACAAACCUGAUAUGUGUGCCUUAAAAGUGUAUUAAUUUAUUAUGAAACAUCAAUUUGGGCCAUACUUCUUUUAUUUUUUUUUUUACUAAGUUUCUGCUGAUGCAGGAGGAAACAUUGAUGUACAAUGGACAAAAGAAUGUGACUUAAUAAGUUAUUACUUGUUAUUCAAUAAAGAUUUUUGCCAAUAAA